AUGAUGAAUACAGAGGCCCAGUGGUCUGCAGCGUUAGCCAGCAACAACAUCAGAGCCAUCAUCCGCUGGCUAAGGAGGAUCAUGGCUGAAGGUGUGACUGAAGCGUUCACCUGUGGUCAAAAGUAUGACUCCUUCUGUGAAUCUGUCUUUGGUUCACUGACAUUUCUCUCUUUUUGAUCAUGCUCAGGUGAAGAUGACAUGGAGGAAAUCCUGCAGACUGUCAGCUGCUGGGUUCAGAGGACGUCUGAGUUUGCCAAAAAGGAGUUAUUGACCCUGUGUAAGAGCCUUACAGUGCAGCUUUUUUCCAGGCUGUUUAACCAAGUGCCCCCCUUCUCCUGAAACUGAUUCUCCAUAAUAACAUAUUCAAACUUUCAUAAUGUAAAUAUGCUCUAAUGUUUGCUUUAUAAAUGUUUGGAUCUUAAAGUGUGCUCAAAAGAUCUUUUCUGUGUUCUCUCAGGUUUUAGUCGCUGUCACGGGCUGUGGAUGUUUCUGGACCGCAGCUCCUUCACCAGAAUUCUCAUGCUGCUGCAGAGACUGAGGAACCUUCUCACACUGACACAGUGGGCGAAACAGCAGCUCAGCUCAGCACACCUCUGGCAUGGUACACACGCUUGUUCUCCUAACCUCUCUGACAUUCAACUAUGGUUCAUUCGAAUUUAAAAUACUAUGUUUGUCUUUUAGGUGUGGGGGUCCCAUGCAUCUCCUGCAGGGACACAUUUAGCUCCUCAGAUGUUAAACAUGGCUGCUGGAACCGAGAGUACAGGGCUUUAAAGCAACACAUCUGGCUGGGACGGCUGGUUCAGUGGUGGGGCAUCAUGGGGCUCCUCCCCAAGUACCCUGGUACAAUUUGAGCACACAAACAUUAUGUUAUAUUGCGGCGAUAAACUGUUAUGAUACCACUAAAAGUUCUUCUGUUCUCUGCUGCUGCUGACAGAGGCUCAUGAGGUGAAACGAAUCGCUCAGAUGUGGAAGGAGAUGGAUCAGAGCCAUCGAAAAGCUAGCCUUGAAACACCUAAGUAUUUUGAUUUUAUACAGGAAUUUCAGUUAUGUGAGCUUUUUUCUAUCACAAAGUUGUGUCCUCAUUUUUCUGUUUUUUUUAAUACAGAUGUAAGGAAGGAGAAAAGGAACGAUUUGGGUCUCUUAUCCAGGGGAUAGUGACUCAGCUGGACAGACAACACGGCUGCAUUUGGAUUUCUGGAGACAGCACAGAACAGUGUUAUCCCCCUCCUGACCUGCAGGCCCUGCUGAAGCUUGCUCUGGUACCUCACACCGGCAAAAUGUCAGUUCAAGCUCUUGUAUCCUUUCAGACACAGCAUCUGUGGAGUGGGCUGCGCAUCUGUUUGUCGUCUAUUGUGCUCUCUCUUACCUCACUUCAGAAAAAUACUCCCGGUUAUGUAUUUCUUGACCUUUAUGUGUUACAGAUCAUGUACUUUGUCUUGGACAUUUCUAACUUCCUGCAGUGUAAAGAUGACCUCCUCAAAUCAUUCUGCAAAGCCUUCACUAUUCCCUUCAGUUUAUCCCAGCAGAUCCGGGCCUUCUGGAUGCUGGAUCAUGGACACGUCAAGGUACAUGACUGAGGAGCAAAAUUAAUUUGAUGCACUUGACAAGUGACCAAUUCAGUUUCUGAUUGAAGUCAUUAGAAGAACCUGAGUGCAGUUCUAGGGCCAGUUAACCAUCUUGUUGAUUACAUUAGGGUCCUUGUCUUAGCAGCCAUAAUGGUCUGCAGGUGACAGUAAUGGGCCGCUUGAGAGGAGCAUGUUAUUAAUGUGCUAGCGCUUCACUGUACCAGCCAUUAGCAAUGAAAUUACAGUGUCUCUUUAACAGUAUGACAGAGGAGAUGCUUUCAUGUAUAAUAGAUUUUUUUCAUGUACCUGUAGUUAAUUUCACUUAACAGCACCGAUGAGAGAUUGAAGAGUCUUUCCUCCCUUAGAUUUAAGAUGACAGAAUAUAUGGUGGCCGAGAACCGCCACUGCUGCAAAUAAAAAAAGAAUGCAAAAAAAAGAAGUCACAACAGAAGUUACUGAUACAAAAAAAAGAAAGAAACCAAAGCCUGCUGCAAAUAAAAACAGAAAUGGUGCAGAUGAAAAAAAAAGCCACAACAAAAGUUAACGAUGCAAAAAAAGUGUCGAUGGAAAAAAAGCCACAACGGAAGUGAGCUUGCGGGGACCAAUAAUGAUACUACACCCUUGUUUUGGCCUGAGUCGAUAUGAAGUUGAUCUGGAGGAUGCUGGUGUAGUGUUAGCUUCAGUUCAACUUCAUAUUGACUCAGGCGCUACAUGGCCUAACCAAAUGACACAUUAAAGAGCACAAGAAAUGAAAUUAAACAACAGCCUUUCCACUUACUUCCUUGCUUGUCUUCUCGCCAUUGCCUUCUGUGCCUGGAUCGUAAAACACCGGUGCAUUAUCAUUAUUGGUCCCCGACAGCUAACUUCCGUUGUGGCUUUUUUAUUUGCAUCCUUUUAUUUUCGCAGUGAGUAACUUUUUUUUUUUUUUUUUUUUUUGCAUCACCAAUUUUUUUUUUUUUGCGUUGUUAACUUCCGUUGUGGAUUUUUAAAAUUUGUAUCUUUUUUUUUAUUUAUUUAUUUAUUUUUAUUUUUUUUAUUUGCAGCAGGCUUCGGUUUCUUUUUUUUUUUGGAUCGGUAACUUCCAUUGUGGUUUCUUUUUUUUGCAUUCUUUUUUCUUUGCAGCAGUGGAAUCUGUAAUACCAGUCAAAAAAAAAAAAAAACUCUAUAAAGCAGAAUCAUAAUAUCAUAAUGGUGCAUGUUACCCAGGCUUCAAUGGAGCUGUUACUGAGCCCCAAGGCUGCUGUUCCUGGGUUCCUUUGGCAGCAUCGAUGCAUCAUCCACAGUCUACUUACAAAGAAGCAGCCUCAGCUAGCAUUACAGUACCUCCACUGGACCAGACCUCCGAUACAAAGUGUGGAUGAUGCUAAGCUCUGUGCAAAUGUCCUGCUUCAAAACAGGUAUGUGAGUGUCAAGAGUCAUGCUUGUUUUAUUCCAGAUUUCUUAGCUGGGAUUUAACUUGCUGUCUUUCUGUCUAGUUGUGUGUCUGAUGCUUGGGCUCUGCUGAAGAAAGGCUACACAGAAAAUGACAACAUACUAGUGUACUUCCUCCAGACUUGUGAUGGACUCGGUCUGUGUGCAGAGGCUUUGCAGUACAUCCCUGCUGGAUACAGUGUGAGUGAAUAUCUUAUGUUACAGCAAAGCAUGGGGACCUUAAGUAUGAGAUCUUGUAAUGACUUUUUUUUUUCCCUUUAAAUGUUUAUCAGGACUAUCACAAGGACUGUGCUACAGAGACAGAAGCUGCAGAGCCACCAAAGAGUAAGGCGAUUUACAUUAAAUGAACCCUGAAAUGAUAGAAUGACAGAACAAAAGGUAAAAAAAUUCACUUUAUGUCACCAAUCAGCAGGAAGACCACCCUGCCCACUGUCUGCUGAACUGUAUCAGGCUCAGAGAGUCAACACAGUGACACCAGAAGACCUGAUUCAGUUGGUCAGAAAGGCUGCGGUGGAAGUUAAAAAGCCAUAUCCAAGGAUAAAGUACAGAAAGUAGAAAAGACAGCUUGAUAUCAUUAUGUUUUCAGUACCACAAAAGACUCAGCUGUUAUCCUCUGUUCUUUGUUCAGUGAGGUGCUGUGGCCAGAGUACACAGAGAGGAAAUCAAACAGCAAAGAGACGAUUCUCUCAAACCAGGCUCCACAUCAUCUCACAUGCAGCCCUUCACCGAGUGAUGUGGUGGAAGAACCAGAGCAAACAGCGCACACAGAAGAACAGCAUAUCUAUGAUGUACUAAUCUAUACUCUCAAUGCUAAAAACAUUGUUGGUUGAACUGAAUACACCAAUGAGUAACUCCUCUCUACCUGCGUCUCUUCUCUCGGUAGCUACCUGAGUCAUCUCACCACUUGACCCCCGUGGAUGUGGGCUCUGAGUCUGUCUCCUCCAUUACCCCACCCUCCUCCCUGCCUCUGCUGAGCUGGGACCCUCUGUAUAUGUAUGAAAGCACACUGACCCUGCAGAGGAUUUCCUCUCUGCUUACUGAUGGAGAGAAACACAGUGAGGACGAGGAAGACGAAGAAAGAGACAACAGCACACCAACGUCUGUUGAGGCCUUACCAGAGUGCCCUGAGGUGAUUGUGACACUAGAUGGCGCCACAAAACCCGUUUAUCUUAGCUGCUUGGAUAAAAAAGCUUUGAAUGACAUGGUGUUUUCUGCUAAAGGUAAGCUUUGUUGUUAUUGUUUGCUAAAAGUUUCCUGAAAGAGGAAUUCAGAAGGUGAACUUCAACUCUUUUCUAGCAGGGGAUGAAGAUGUUACAACAGGCGCUCUCCCUCACAAGGAUUUUCUCAGCACUGAUUCAGUUUCAGAACCUUUGACGGAUAAAGCAUCUCCUUUAUAUAAGAGGUCAGAGGUCAUCUUAUUUCAAAAUAUACAGAUAUUCUCUUGUUUCAUUGAAUUUCUUUAAAAAUGGGUCCUUCCUCAUUUUCUCUACAGAAACGAUUGCAGCCAAUCAACGCCCAGUCUCUCAGAGCCAUGUGAGGGAGUUCACAUUUCCCCAUUACCUGACCAUGGUGUGUAGGUGCAACAGACUGAAUGAUCAAGCUGAACUGUGCUCUACCUGAUUUUUUAUUCACUGCAUGAACUUCUGUCUGCAGAGAAAGUGUCUUCACCUGAAGAUAUUGCUCUUGGACCUGCAGAUGUCACUGAUCGGUUAGACUGUGCAGACUCAACCAACCCCCAGGACCAAUCAGAUUUCAUGUCUUCUUUUGACUGUUUACCGAAAGAGCAAGUUCACAAGGUGCUCAAAUCUAGUCAGUCAGCACACACUACAUUUUUUCCCCACAUUGUUGAUGCAGCAGUCCAGGGCAAACCUGAAUUUAUAUUGUCUUCUUACAGGCACUCUUUUCAGUUAUUUCAUUAGUUGCAUCUGUGUUUGCAUAUUUGGCUAAAAGGUUUUAACACAAGCUGAUUAAACAGGGAGAAUAAAAAAGUAAAUACUUUUGCUCCACAAAUCAAUGACUUAUUUGUCACUCUGUUUUUUACUUUGAGGACAUUCAAGUUAAAUGUGCACCUUAUUAUUUUUAAACAUGGCCCUUAAAAUGAAUAGAAAUGUCUGCUGUAUGCUGAGUGUAACCGUAAUCAUUUUUCCUCGUGGGUGGUGUUUUCCACUGUGUGCACAGACUUCUUAUAAUCCCCAGCAAGAGGAAGCAGUGGGAUACUCCAACCAGGGCUGUGCCACAAUUGAAACCACUCAGGACCUGCUGACUGACCUUCAACAGAGUCUCCUGCCAGAGACGCCUGAAGUGAGGGGCUCAAAGGUCUCAGCUGGAAUGAAUCUGCAGGACAUCUCUGCUCAGAUCUCCUGUACCUCCCUGAACUUUGGGCCCACCACCUAUGAAAGUGCCCACAUAGCCCAAUUAAAGAUGGAUAAAUCCUGUGUCCAAGGCACCUCAACCAUGCACCAACGUGAAAACAUGGAUCAAGUUUCUACCAGCUUUUCACCUGCUGCAGAAGCAGAAACAGCAACCAAACCAGGUAAAAAUGAGAAAUAACUCUUAACCUUUUUGAGGGCUACAACCAUAUGGUAUAUAUUUGUAUGGAAAAGGAUUAAAUAUGUGUCUUUUUGCCUAAUUUGCAGUAACAGCUCCUAAAACAACUGUGUGUUAGCAACACGCUAAUUGGAAAGCCCAUUUGUGUCAUUGCUGUGAUGCUGCAUGAUUUUUGUUUGUAUUCCGGUUGGACAUAAUUUUAUGUCAGACGUGCUGCUGUUCACCGCGGGGUACAGGACACAGGUUCAUGUAGAAAUAGGAGGGGGGUCUUAGUUGCUAGGAGGGGGGGACUGGUGAGAAAGUGAACUGCCAGAGAUUGGUUCCUUUAACCUUGCAGCAGCAGUCAGUCACCCAUAAAACGACCCCCCACCCCCCCAACUCUGUGCUUUCUGUGGGAGGGGGAACUGUCUACCACCAUCUCUUUCCAUCUGCUGUGCUGUGCUGAUCACCACAGGGCCUCAGGGAUACACAGCCUAUUGCCCCACUCUCGCUGAUGCCCCAACUUUGUCAUUGGGACCAGGGUUAAAGACAUUACAGUGGCGAGAUGAUACAACGAUUAAAUGAACAGUGUCGCUUUUUUGGUUUAAAUUUCUCAUUUUUUUUGCACUUACUUAUGCAUGAUUUUGUUUUCUUCAUUCACAGAUAAUAGGACUUAUUCACUUGUUCUGAGCCAACCAUUUUCUCACAGCGUACUUAACUUUAUGGACUUCACGGCAAUGCAGAGAGAAGACAAAAGAGACGGCAAGCAGGUAAAUACAUCCCCACUUUGGUCAGAAGGGGUCACUGUUGUUCAAGGUAAUUUCUAGUUUGACAUCAUGUCUGAUGUGGAUGAUCUCAUUUCUGAUCCCUGAGGAUUUGGCUUCAUCACAACCCAGCAGGUGUCCUCUUUACUACCCUCCAUCCCUUUCUCCUCCUGUCCUUCAGCAUAAACACUCGUGCUUUCAAGACCUUCGCCUGUGAUGAUGUCAUUCUGCUAAUAUGGCAGCAGUGUUUCAGAGGAUGUGAAUCACUUCUGAGGAGUCAAAUAUGGAUGAAAUACAAAGAAAUUAGGCAUUUUCUUAUAAUCUAUGACUGAUGUAAUCUCUUUUAUAUUACAUAAUUUCACAUCGACCUGAACAUGACACUGCUAAACGCUGCUGUAAUGUUGCUCGGAUAUGACCAGGUAAUUGUUUUACUGAGCUCUCAUUGGAUAAUUGUUUCAUUGGGAUGCAGUCACCUAAUUAUUUUGUUCAGAACUGGGGACCAUAUGGAGCUUGGCAGGUGAAACAUAAUUAGGCCAUGCUAAUAUAUGAUGAUUACACAUUGACCCUUAACAGCCUCUACUGUACAAACCGUGUGUGUCUAUCACGGCUGAUCUAUUUUGGUGAUUGCGUUACAUUCAUAAGCUUGCAGAGAGAUUUUUAUAAUAGGAGUGCUGUUGGUGUUCUCUUAUCAUCCAUUCAGGAUCAGACAUAUUUAUCAAUAAGAAAGAGACGUGUGAAAUUCAGUAAAGAAAAACCUUUCAUAGAGUAAUAAGGCUGUCUUAUACCAAGUCCCUGAGAAGUUAAGAUGAAAUCCUGGUAUUGAAUAUAGUUCAAACUAUGAAUUUUGAAUCUCUAAUGGGUUCAUGCAUCACUGUUUAUGCUUAUUAUUGUGGCAUUAUAGUAAAUGAGAUAUUUGAAGAAGUGAAAACAAAGCCAUCAGUCAAACUGUAGAAACUCACAAAAGAUGUAUUUAAAAAGAUAUCACAUAAUGACAUUCAAUCAGCUUCGCAGUCUUUGUGAAAAUGCCAAUAUUAGCACAGACAGAGGCGGGAGUUGCCAUGUUUGUUGAUGUUGCCUGUUUAAAACAUGCAACAUUCAAGCAGAGAUGAAUGGCCUCUAUUAGAAGCAUUUAAUCAGUGCUCCUCGUCUCCUGCGCCCCCCUGGGGAAAGAUUAAUGGGUACAGGAUAUUUCAUCAGUCCUCUCCACAUCACUGGCCAGGAUAUGAGGCUGUAAUUGUGUCUGUUUGUGCCGUUGUUUUUGUUUUACAGGCAGACAAAGAGGAGGCCGCAGGUUGGAGCAGCUCGAGGAGGGGUUCGCAGGGGGUUAUAAGAAGAUUGAGGAAGGGAAAACGAGUGAAGAGGGCAUGAAGAUCCAACAUCAAUGA